AUGUCCAGCUCUGAUUGCCUCCCCGACCACCCGCUCAGCUCAGACUUGGUGAGGAGGCUGAAGUCUGCGCUGGACGCCAGGGAUGAGGAGACGGUGCGCACUGUGAUCUGCACCCAGGUCCGGCACGUGGACGCCGUGAUAGAACUGGCCAACGACGACUGGAUGAAAGACCCCUCAGCCCAGCUGCCCCCCGGGGUGCUCCUAGGUCUCUGGACCCUGGAGUACACGCGUGAGCUCACCACGCCCCUGUGCAUCGCCGCAGCCCGAGGCCAUGCGGCCUGCGAGCACCCUGCUGGUCGCGGCGCCGACCCCAAUGCCAGCCCCGAGGCGUGGCCCCUGCACGAGGCUGCCUGGGGGCCAACGCUGGGCCAGUUGCUGCUGAGACCGUGCGCGCAGGCUCUGCUGGAGCACGGCGCCUCGGUGCAUCGCGCGGGCGGCGCCGGCCUGGACACGCCGCUGCACGUGGCGAGCAAGAGCUCGGCCUUCUCCCUGUACGCGCCUAUGCUUAGGCGCGGGGCGGCGGCGGACCCGCCCGACGAGGACGAGUCAAGCCCGCUGCACAAGGCCUGCGGCCACGCGCGCCCGGGCCUGGCGCUCCUGCUGCUGCGGCACGGGGCCGACGCGGCCGCGCUCGACUACGGAGCGCCUCGCCCCUGGGCCCGCGUGCUGCAGGCGGCCGCCUGCGCGCCCCAGGCCGCGCCCCAGCGCACGGUGCAGGCGCUACUCAACCACGGCUCCCCCACCCUGUGGCCCGACGCCUUCCCCAAGGUGCUGCAGACCUGCGCGCCAGCCCCUGCGGUCAUCGAGGUGCUGUUCAACGCCUACCCUCAGCUCCGCGUGUCCGAGUCCUGGAGGGAGGUGAUCCCGGAGGAGGUGUUUCAGGCACACCGGCCUUUCUACCAGUCUCUCUUUGCCUUGGCCGGCAGCCCCCGCCGCCUGCUGCACCUCUGCCGCUGUGCCAUUCGCAGACGGUUUGGCAAACAGUGCUCCCGCCUCGUGCCUCUGUUACCCUUGCCGGCGACCCUGCAAAGCUACCUCCUUUUGGAGCCAGAGGGUGUUUUGCACUGA